AUGUCUCUCAAAACAGCAAAGGAAACCUGGGAUUAUCUCAAGGCUGAAUAUGGAGGAGAUGAGAGGAUUUGGGGAAUGAAAGUCUUGAAUUUGAUUAGGGAUUUUAGGUUGCAGAAGAUGAAGGAGUCUGAGUCAGUGAAAGAGUAUUAUGAUAGACUUCUCAGCAUUACCAACAAGGUGAGAUUGCUUGGUUCUAUGUUAAAUGAUUUCAGGAUCGUUGAAAAGCUGCUAGUCUCUAUUCCAGAGAAGUUUGAAGCCACUAUUACUACUCUGGAGAACAUCAAAGACUUGUCAAAGAUUUCUCUUAGAGAGCUUUUGAACGCUUUACAAGCACAAGAGCAAAGGAGGUCUAUAAGGCAAGAAGGGGUGAUUGAAGAUGUCUUACCUGUUAAGCAUCAAGACAACAGCAGGUAUAAAAACAAGAAAAUUUUCAAAAACCAAUCGACGAAUGGAGAUUCAUCUACAAAUUAUCAGAAGACAAAAGGAGAAGGUUCCAAAAAAUUCUAUCCACCUUGCCGUCAUUGUGAGAAGAAAGGUCAUCCACCAUACAAGUGUUGGAGAAGACGUGACACCAAAUGCUCAAAAUGCAAUCAACUUGGACAUGAAGCGGUGAUUUGCAAAGUCAAAGGUCAGGUGAAAGAAGUAGAUCCACCGAUAAUUGAUCAAGAAGAAGAAGAUCAAUUGUUUGUGGUCACUUGUUUCUUAGACAAAGAAUCAAGCGAGAGUUGGUUAAUUGACAGUGGGUGCACAAAUCAUGACAUAUGA